AUGACACAAUCACUAUUGGGUGAAACCAACUACAUAAAUAAUAAUAAUAAUAAUAGCAAUGAUCAAGAUUACAAUGUUUAUAAUAACAAUAUGUUUUCGUCACCAGAGACAAGACUGACAACAUCAACAACAAAAACAAAUGAAAACAUAUCACAAUGGUGGAACAAUUAUCAAUUAAAUUAUAUUAAUCAAGAUCAUAUUCAUCAUGUCAAUACACAGAGUCAUAAUCACCAUCAUCAUAAUCAUAAUAAUCAUCACCACCACCACCAUCAUAUGGAUAUGAAUGAUAUGAAUAUGAAUAUGAACAAUACUCACCAUCAACAACAUAAUAAUCAUGACCAAUAUAAUCAUUUAAAUGAUCAUUAUACUUCUUCUUCUUCUUCUUCUUCAUCAUCUUCGUCACCUUGUAGAAAUAAUAAUAAUAAUAAUAAUAAUAAUAAUAAUAAUAAUAAUCAACCAUCAUUGAUAUUGGCUUCAUUAUCAAAUCAUUCACAAUUAAAUCCCUCUUCUUCACCAUCAUCAUAUAGUUUAUCAACUAUAUUAAAUAGUAGUAGUAACGGUAGUAACGGUAAUACAUGUCAAAAUCAUAGACCAACAUCACCAUGUAUUGGAAAAAAUCAUCAACUUGGAUUUAUUACAACAUUGGAAAGAGUUGUAUAUAAUUUAUCGUAUGUCACCACUCCAAUGUUGUCUGGUUUUGUAUUCAAGACACAAGUAUUUACAGAAGACGAGUCAAACAAUCUCAUUCAAAAACUAUUCGAGUUGGCAGACCUCUUGUAUCAUUUCACAUUCACUUCUACUUUGGUCUAUGGUGGAUCACAUGCCAUCGUAACAAAAUUGGUCGUUUUAAUUAAAUUCUCUCAAUCAAGACAUGUCAUUCUACCCAUUGUUAAACCAUUAUAUCAAAAGUUUCUUGAAAUGGGUUGUGAUAUUAAAAAAUUACAUGAAUCAUUUUUAAUUGAAAUAUCAACAUUGGAAAAUGAAAGAAGAAGAUUAUCAAAGAUUGAUAAUCAAAAAAGGUUGAGUAAUAUUGGAGAGAUGGUGGAUAAUUUAAUGAGUGGUCGAUAUGUUUUGUUGUCAGUUGAUUCGAUGAUUGCUACGAUCACAUGUUAUUCAUCUAGUCCCGAGGACACGAUUAUUGGAGGUAAUGGAGUUGGAUUCGACCCUUAUUUGAGUCGGGUGAUGUGGUUGUUUAACGAACGCAAGCUUGACGACAAGCUACUACAGUUUUUGGAUCAACCAGUGGCAGAGACGGGAUUCCACGAACAGCCAUUAAAAUAUGCCGCCUCACUUUUAUUGUCGAUUUUGUUUGUAUUUGGAGGAUGUCGACGUCCGCAACCAAGCACUGGUCAAUCACUGGGAGACGUACGCGACGCUACUAGACCGCUUCUCAUACGAGCCGAUCAACAAUGUUGCACGUCGAACACGUCCACAUGUGCCGUAUCUCACGGCAACGAUAACCCAGUCGUUCUCAGACCUGCGCUCAUGACACUCGGACACAUCAUCUCAUCAUCCAACAAUUUAAACAAUACCAAUAUCAAUACAGCCACCAACAACACUCUUCCAAACCAACAACAACCAACUGCAGUGAUCAAUAAUAUUAAUAAUAAUAAUGCGACGAUUAUACAAACUAUUAUUGGACCAGAUUUAUUCCAACUCUUACAUAGAUUCGUUCAGACUACGACAGACGCAUCAUUUUUCAAGGACAUUUUAUGGGUCAUUUCCAACAUUAUCCUAGAGGGUAGCCAACAAAUCGACAAUUGUAUAAACUUUGAUAUCUUUAACUCGAUCUUUUAUUUAUUUACCAACAACAACGCCACCGACGACAACGACAACGACACUAGAAAACAAAUCCAACAAAUUCAAAAAUCAACAUUCCUCGCUUCAUCACCAAAACAUAUCAUGGAGGUGGUUUGGAUCAUCAACAAUAUCUUUCAAACUGGAUCACCAAAACAAAUAUUUACAUGUAUCCAACAAGGAUGUCUCGAUGCCUUUGUCCAACUUCUCACCAUCCUCCUAGUCGAUCGAAAAGGCAAGAGAAUCACUCGUGGCAUCUACCAAGUACUGUGCCGAUGGGUAUCUGUUCUGAGUAUGAUGGUACGAGACGAUCCACCAACCAUCACAAACACAUCGCGUUACCAAACACUUCUCAACAGAUCACAUCUCAUCGAACUUGGUUGUAUCGAAAUUUUACAUCAAUUAAAAGCACUUCAACCUUCUCUACCAACUCAAAAAAUGGUAAAGAAAACAUGGCUCCUUAGAUAUGGGGGACAAUUUGAAAGAAAGAUUAGUGCAGAUGGUGAAUCUGUAUGUGUAAACGAACAACCGAUGGUUAUCGAAAAGUUUGGACGUAGAAGAUCGUUCCAAUACCCUAGUUUUGUGGAUCCCAACGUGUUUGAUACAUAUACGAUUACACCACAAUUCAGUUUCAUGUCGUGCUUCCUCAACAAGAGUCUCUUUAUCAACAACAUCAAUGUCGAGAAUGGCAUCGAGCUUAGCAAGUCGAGUCGUCUCACCUCGCAAGAAAUUGCAUUUUGGGUGGUCCUCAAGAUCCUAUUUAUUCUCACUUAUGUGUUGUCAUUCUUCACCCCUAAUUUCGUAGCGAUUACCGUUGCCAUUAUCCUCGCCCUCUUUAUCUUUGUCAAUGUGUUGGUUCGUAUCAACGAGACUGUCACUGUCAAUUUCCCAAUUGGUCCACAAACAGUCGACGGAUUUGCACCCAUGUCACAACCACCCCUUGCAUCCGCCCUCUUGGUGCAACACGACCAACAACAACAACAAGCUGCUUCAUUCCAAGCUGUUCAACCAGUAAAUGGUCCAAAACAAUAUCCUUUGGUUCAACCAAUCGCUCUACCACCUCCACAACCCCAACAACCACAACAACCAUAUUAUGCUCCUCAACAACAACCAUAUUAUGCCCCUCAACCAGGCCAACAACCAUAUUAUGCUCCACAACAACCAAAUCAACAACAACCUGGUCAACAACAACCAUACUACCAACCUGCCCCACAACAACAACAACCAAAUCAACAACAACCACCUGUAAAUCAACAACCAAACCAACAACCAUACUAUGCCCCACAACAACCAAAUCAACAACCAGGCCAACAACCAUACUAUGCUCAACCACCACAACCACAACAACCAAACCAACAAAAAGCCCCAAUGCAACAACAACCAGGCCAACAACCAUACUAUCCACCACCAAUCCAAUACCAACAAUUACAACCACAACAACCACAACAACAAACACCACCACCUUCAUACAACAAUAUACCACCACAAACUUUCAAACCAACAACUACAACUACAACUGCCACUACUACUACCACCCCACCACCACCAACUACGACUACUACUACUACUACUACUACUACUAUUGAUGAUGCCGACGAACCAACCUUUAUCAUUCCACUUGAUGAACCAGAAGAAAAGGAAGAUGCUAAAGCCAAAUUGGUUGGUGAUAAUGAUUUUGAUUUCUAA